AUGAACCCUAGUCAACGAGCCAUAAAAGGCAAGCUUCAACUUUUCAGCAUUCUGAUUUCUUGGAAAUUGGAAAUCCAGUACUCACGGCGACUGUUCUACCGAGAUUUACAGAUUCAUCCUGCAAUAGCAAUAGUAGCGCGAUCCUUGGUAUCAAGUGACUCACCUGCUUUUACACUGGUCGAUGAAUUAGUUCUUAGAACUUCAGAUAUUACAGCAGAAGCUCUUCAAGCUCAGAUAUCAUCAGUGUCAAAGGACUUGAGAUGUCUGUUCAGGCGCGGCAGAGCCUCGCCAGGUGACAUCAACUUCCUCGGUCAAACUCUUCUUCAUAGGGCUAGUAAUGUGCAUGGCCACUUAUGGCCUGAUCGAAUGUCCGAGAUUUGGGUACGGUUCAUGAAGGAACUUGUACUUAUGGGCUACAAGAUUUUGACUUUACCUGAUAUCUACCAGUGUUUCUCGUGGCAUCUUGAUGGAUUUGAUUACGGUGCAUUGUCCUCUGCGCUUUUUCAAAAAUCAGAACCGGCUCUCCGAAGGAUUUUGAUGGCGUCGUCAUCCAUUAUGAUCGAGCGAUGCCACAACGACCAGACUCCUCUUCAUGUGGCCGCUUACUGGCCCAGAGGCCUCCAACUGCUUUUCGAAUUGGCUGGAGAUGCCUGUCGGCAAAUCAUUGAUCUCGAAGACGCUUCGCAACUCACGGCAAUUCACUCGGCCGUACUCUUGCAUCAAGUAGACUCCGUCAAAUUGUUGCUUGAACAGGGAGCCAGCAUCGAUCUUGAGAACAGUGCUACAUUCUUUGGACACCCUUAUACUCUCGACGCUGAUUAUCAGAGUCAGGAAAUUAUCGACUUGUUGUGCGAUGAACUAGCCGUUCGCAGGAGAGAGAUGUUGCGUUUUGCAAGGAAAACCUUGACGGUGCAAGAACUGUUCGCCCUGGGCACAACGAAACAAACCAUGCUGCAAACGAACGCGUUUGAAGUUCUACAGGCACUUCAGGCCAGAAAUAUCGACAUACCUUCAAUCUUUCAGCGAGUCCGACCUGGAUCAAUCUACCAUUCUCCGGUGAUGAAUGGUCAAUUGACGGAAGGUUUAUACCGCUCCGGUUUCGAAGGGUUCAACUUCGCAUUCAAUGGUUGGAUCCCGCUAGCAACCAUGAGAAUAUUCGGUGACUAUUUCGAGGAAAAUCCUGACGAUUUAUUGAACUCUAUUGCCUGGUUUGAAGCUCACGGGGUUGACAUUAAGCAUGCCAUCCCUACUUUUAGCUGCAGUUCGAACGAGACAAUACCUUCAUCGUCUGCGUCUCCUACUACUCUUCUUCGAUUGGCCACUGCUUUUGGGAAAAUGUCAAAACUUCCAUGCUACAUUGACUCUUCUCACCCUGCUGUCUAUCAUGUCAAGAACAAGUCACUUCUUACACGAAUCCUUUCUGAUACAUCUAGAGACGGUUGCAAAUGUUAUUGCUCAAGCCGAGGGUGUAGUCCAGCCUCCGCAUUCGCCAAGGCUUGGCCAGGAAAUGGCAGUUAUGUCAGCGAAUACUGGAUAUUGAAUCACUUGUGGAAUGUUUUUUCAACCAUUCUGCAUACUUCGCGCCAACAAAAUCCGCAACCUUUGCUAGAUUUUGUACGCGCGACGACGUUUGAUUUCCUCGGUAUGAGCCAUACAUGCUGCAAGUAUAAGUACGACACCAGGAGAAAAGCCAGAAACAUCACGAAUGUGUAUGAUGAGAUAUGGAUAAUGGACCCAAAGGAAGUGGCGGAAAUACAGGAAGAGGACCGAUAUUUGGCCGACAACUUGGAAGAAUUGAUGGAAGAACUUGCUAUUAGGUUGAUAAAUCCAAGUUUUGACCCGGGAGACUUUGGGAGCUAUUGGCGCACACGAGUGGAAGAGGUUGAGGGAACGAAAGAAAAGUUGACCUGUGAGGAUAUACGCGCGAUCCGAGAAAUCGGUAUCAGUUUAGAAUGA